AUGUCAAGGCCUGUUGAGAGAAUAGCAGAGAUCAAUGAUGGAAAAGAGCUUUGGAAGAUUGUUGUUAGGAUUCACCACAGAUGGAAUGUUGUCUCCAACAACAAGGAACAUUUUGAAAUGAUCUUUGUUGACAAAUUGGGAGAUGAUAUUCAUGCUGUUGUUCCAGCACCGCAUGUGUCGGUGUUCACCGAAAAAUGCUUAUUAGGGCAUACUUAUAUUGUAUCUAAUUUUAAGGUGGUGCCUUAUGUUCUGGCGUUCAGGGCAUCGGGACACAAAUAUAUGAUAAAGUUUACUGCUGGAACGUCUCCGUGUGAAAUUAAUAAAUUUAUUUCAGAUGUCGUUGGAAUGGUGGAUAGUAUUGGUUAUGCACAGACUGAGUCGGGUGCACAGAAGCAGCAAAUUAGCAUGAUGUUGCGUGACCACAGCAACAACAUGUUGAACUGUACUCUGUGGGAAUCAUACGCGGAUCAGUUCAUCAAGUUUAACAAAGUUAGGGUUGCUGCAUCACUCCCUACAGUUGUGUUGCUUCAGUAUGCCAAAGUGAAGGAAGAAGGAAAGUAUCCUCUGUCUGUGACAAACACCUACAAUGUGACCGUUUUAUGUGUUGAUGCUGAUUUUCCUGUCAUGAAAGACUUUAUUGAUAGAAUGCCUGAGGAGAGCAGGGUAACCCUGUCUGAACAACUUGGAGGGAAUUCCCAAUAUUCCUCCCAAAGUUCUGAAAAUCAACAGCUCACUCCUGUGCAAAAAUUGUUCUCAAAGGCUGUUGUUUUGCCUAUUGCUGAGAUUAUUCAACUUACGGAUGUUACAUUUUGUGCUACUGUCGCUACAACAAAAUUAUUAGUAGCAUCUCCGUUUGGAUGGUAUAAGAUUGAGAUUGAGGUUACUCACGGGGGCAAAAGCUGCAAUUUUGUCUUCUGGAACAGAGAAUGUGAAAUGCUAUUGGGUUUAUCUGCAUCGCAACUUCGUAACACUAUGAUUCAGGCUGGAAUUACUAAUCCAUUGGACUUUCCGUUAGCACUUGAUCAGUUGUUGAAGUUGGAAAUGACUAUGAAGGUUAAGUGGCAUCCACGCUGGAAGAACUGUUCCGUCGUUAUGAUUAUAAAAAAUGAUCCUAUUAUCCAGCAACUUAAGGAAAAAUGGGGAACAGAUGAGGUCAGCUCUAAUAAACUGACAUUUGUUUUAUAA